AUGUCUGGCUACUCCGAGACAGUAUACAAUAACAGCUACGGUGGGCCAGUCACCGAAAUCAACUGCGUCUAUCCCAUCUCCGGCACCUACGGGCUCCUCCCCCGUCUCCUCUAUUAUGUAACCUUGAUCUUCGCCAUCUUCGGUCGCCGGACAGAAUGGCUCAUCAUCGGCGCCCUCGUCAGUGCGCUCACCUAUGCAGGCACCACGGCUAUUCACCUCAUGGCUCUUGUGAGCAGCAAAUCGGGAGUCUUUGACUUGGACAUCAUGGGCGCGUGGGCCGUCUUGUCCACGGGCGCGCUUGCUUACAUUGGUAUUAUUCACUGGAGUUCCACGCUGAGAGCUACACGGGCCCGGGUCGUUAUGAUCUGUUGGGGUUGUUUGGUGGGCACCAGCUUGAUCUUUGGGAGAUCGGAAUUGUUCGACACCCCUAUUAACCCGCCUGAGCCGGCCUGUUAUUCAUCCAAGGGGAUGCUGUUGGAGUAUCCCAGCCAGAAGUGGAUGAACCCCGACUUUGCCAAUUGCACGUACCAGUGUUUUAACAUAUCCAAGCCGAUGAGGCAGUCAUCUGAAAUCAUGGCCAUCCCCCACCGAAUCUUGGACAAUUCACAAUACAGGACACUUACCUAUGUGCUGGUGGGACCAAUCCAGUUCGCAGCCUAUGCAGCGCUCAGCAUGGACGCGCAAGAACAUACCCCGUCGCAUAUGUGCACGAGAUUGGUCAUGAGCUACCUUAUUCAUCCAGGCCAUCGAGAGCAAUUUGCGAAAACGGUUUACAAGGCGAGCAUGGAACAGUGGUAUGGCGGAUAUUUCGCGCUGUUGGGGUAUGUGCGUCGAUCGAAAUGGUCUUGGAGAAAGCUAGCCCUCUCUUCAUUCGUCAUUCCAUGGAUGCUGCUGGGGUUGGUGAUUGACGUUUUGUGUUUGCCGCUCAUGGUGUGUAAUAUAGUGUUUAACGAACUUACAUUGUUGCAAGGGGGUCUCCCGACGAAUGAGGCAAAUAUGGCAAUCGGGCAGUGGGGCGCAAUUGUGAACUCUGUGCUUGUGUUGAUAGCAGCCUGCAUCACCAAGGGCAUGGAGAUAUGGGACAGGAGGAAAAAAGCGAAGCAAUUGGACAGUGUUGUCGAGGCGGUUGUAGCUGUGAUUCCCGAAGACGUUGAGAGCGGCAUGGCGGAGGAGGUCCAGGAGGUCGGAGUGGUCAAGCCCAAGCUGGCCCAUGUCCAGACUCUGCAAGAUAUGGAGGAUGUGAUGAAACGGCCAAAGUGA